AUGCUACAACGCCCUGCCCUGCUGCGGCAAGUUCAGGGGGACCCUGGUGCAGCCGCAGAAGCAAAACCAAGCCCUAAUGCUCCCGCCUGUAUUCCCCCUAAGCUGGCUCACCCAGUGCUUGGUUACUCGUGUGGCAAUAAGCCCCAGGCAGCUUUUUCGUCCCCCCAAGAGGGGCGCCCAACCGGGGGCUCCAUUGAUGCACGUGUUUCCCAACGGUCAGACCUACGCAAUCCGCUCUACUUCACCCAGAAGCAGAUAUACCAACAACACCUGCAGCAGCAGCAUCUACAACCAAAGAAGCAGCUGUUGUUCCAGCGGCUGGGCUUCGAUGCCAUGCUUUCUCGCUUCAAAAAUAUCACCCCUUGCAGUGCAGCAGAAUCUGCAGCCCUCAGCCGAUCUUGCAGCAGAAUUUACUGUCUUGUACCACCGAAAACAGCAAUAAAUCUACCUGAGCGGCAGCCUCUAUGUCUGGCUAGACCAUCUUCUCCCCUACCAGCAAAAGUGCCUGCACUGUUGGACGCGCAGCAGCCCCAGUGCACCACCUCAGAAGCAGAAGCAGCAGCACCACCAGCGGCAGCAACUGAAGCAUUAAAGCCAGCUUCUGGCGAUAUUCAGGUAAUGUUACAGCAUCACGCUGCCUCCCUAUGUGCCUCGCAGCAGCGGCGGCAAGUGGAGAACAGGUGGGCAGCUCCCUUGCACCAGCAGCAGCAGCAGCAACAGCUGAACCAGCUUUUGCAGGGAGGUCCAGAGCAUCAGGAUCUGCAGCUAAUACAAAUGCAGCGCCAAUUUCAGCAGCAGCAGCAACUGCACCUGCAUGUGGAGGAAGAGCUGCCCCAGCCGGAGGUGCAGCUGCAAAAACUGCACCAGCAGUUCCAGCAGCAGCAUCACCUCCAGGAUUUGAAAAUGCAACAGAAGCAGCAACAUCAGCAACUAGAACUGGAGCGGCAGAAGUUACAUUUGCUGCAGGGCAUGCGACCCCAGCAGCAGCAGCAGCCCCUACAGAAGGUGGAACUGCAAAAGCAGCUACAGCAGCGGGAGCAGACGCUGAAAAUGCGGCAACAACACGAGUUAAUACUGCACGGGCAGAGGCAUUUGUUUCAGAACAGAGGCCAUGUGGAGACUUGCUUAAAUACUCCACAGGCACAACAACCGCAAGAACUGCAGGAAGAGCUUCAGCCGGAUCUGCAGCACGGAUCUCAACAGGAGCUUCUCCAGCAGCCGCAGCACGAGCAGGAUCGACAACAGGCCAUGAAGCAGCAACAAAAGCAGGUAGAUCAAAACGAAGAAUACCUGCAUCAGCAGCAACAGCAAAAUCAGGCCGCGAGCGAAGAUGCCACAGAACAACAGCGGCUAGCCGCAGAGCUGCAGCUCGUUGAGCAGCAGCUAGCUGACAAGGAGGCCCUUCUGGCCCUGUUUGAGGGAGCCUCGGAGCAGCAGCAGCAGCUACAGAGAGCUUUGCAGCUGCAGCAGCUGCAACAGCAGAAUCAGCAGCUGCAGCGGCAGCAACUGCAGAACCAGCAGCUGCUCCAGCUCAUUGAGCAGCAGAAGCAGGAGCUAGCCAAGCAGCAGCAGCAAGUGGGCGAACAACAGCGAGAGGUAGAGAAGGGUCUGCUGCUGUUGCAACAGCAGCAGGAAACCCUGAACGCGCAGCAGCAACAACAGCAGGCAGCGGCUGAGGCGCAGCAGAAGCAGCAGCAGUGGCUUGAAGAGCAACAAGAAGCCGUUCAGAAAGCGCAAGACGAGCUCGCUGUUGGCAGGAUGGUGCAGCAGAAGCAGCAACAGCAACUCUCUGAGCUGCGCGAGCAGCUUCAGAGACAGGAAGCAGAUCUCGCGGAGAAGCGGGAGAGGCAUCGGCAACAGCAGCAGCAGCUGCUGCAGCAGCAAGCAGACAUGCAAGCCUCUCUUAGGGCCCAAGGAGUGCAGCUGCUGCAUCAGCAUCAGGCACUCCAGCGGCAGUUGCAGCAGCAGCGAGAGUUGCAGCAACAAAUCCUGGACUAUCAGCGGCAGCAACUCGUAGAUACGCAGGAUGCUUUGCAGCAGCAACAGCAGCAGCAACCGCAGCACCACCUAUUUGACAGCACGAGCCUACGUCGCCGUGUUACGAGGGAGGCGGGAAUAGAGCCCAUGUUGCAGCAGGUGCAGCAGCAGCUGCUGCUGCAGCAACGGCAGCAGCAGCAGUUACAGGAAGAACUGCUCCAGCACCUGAAGCAGCAGCAGAGUGCGGAAGAAACCGACCACAAGGCACGCUGGUGCCGCUGCGACACACGAAACCCGCUACCCUCCUGUAGGGGUCCUGACUCCAUGGCGGCCCCCCUUGAGGACCAAAGAGAUUCAGCAGGGUCUACACGCCUGCCAUCAGCUGAGAGCAUCGGGAAAUUAGGAGGCCUUGUUGAACCUGGCAGCAGCUCAAGAGAUACCCAAAGGGGCCCCCCAAGGAACCAUCCAAAGAGCUCGCUCAGGUGGUCCAACAGAGGCCCUUUAGAGUGCCCCCCAUCAGCACCCUCGAAAAGCCACUUCGACCAGACCCUAAUUGCGGGUCUUUCCCAGGAGGGACCCUCAACUGGGACUAUUCAGGGUAGAAAUGGGAGGGCCCUCGGGGUUGAACCCUGGGGCUCUUCUUUGGGGGCUCCCCUGGGCCCCCAGGGGAGAAAGGGGGUGUCCACAUGCCCACCCCGGCUGCUGCGUUCAACAGAAUCACAGCGGCUGCGGGAAGUGUCUCUGCAGAAGCAUAUAAAGGCUCUGAAUGAGGUGAAAAGGUCAGGGGCUCCCCGGGAAGGGCUCAAGAGAGGACCCACGGAACAUUCCCGCCUCCCCUCAGCAGAAUCAGAACACUCCGACUUGUCUACAACUCGCAGCAAGAGCAACUCUUGGAGAGCCCACCACCACCUUGCAACCAGAGGGACCGCCUACCAUGGGGGCGCGAGAAUAGCAGUCCAGGGAGAGUCCCACAAUGCCCCACCACCAGGAGCCCCGGUAAACCCACAGGGGACACGGCAGCAGCAGCAACAGCUGCAGCAGCUGCUUCAGGAGCAACGAAGGGAAAUAAACCUGCUGCUUCUUGAGAAGCAGCAGCUCGAAAGAGCUGCCACAUCAGGGGGGGGAACCAUAGGGGGCCCUUUAACACCCCGGGGCCCGAUGAGACCCCGCGCUUUCCCCAAGGAACCAUACGUCCAAGGUUCAGCCAACUGCGCAGAGGCAGAUGGGGGACCCCGAGGCUGCGUGUGCGGAGGCGACCAUCCCCGGACUGCUUGGGGCCCACUAGACGCUGCUUUGGCUGAAGUGCACAACAGCCAUGAGGGCCUCCAGCGAUGGACAAAAGUCAAUGAAGGCGUAUACUUCUAUGGAGACACUCAAGUGUCUCUAAGCUUUAUAAAUGGCCGUCUUAUGGCACAGACAGAUGGUGGACCGCUAAGUUGGAACAAGGGGGCCCGAGGAGAUAUCCUCAAAUUCAUCCGUGCUGCAGAUGAAAGAAGGGCCCAAGCCAACGGCUAG